AUGAAUUCUCUUUUUUUGAGCCCUGAACAUAUUCUUCAAAGCGGCUAUUUUAAUGCCACCCUUCGAAAACUACAAGAACCUAAUACCAGUAUUGAGCCUCAUAAUAUAAUGUAUCCAAUUUUUUUACUAGAAAAUGAUGAAGCUAUGCAAGCAGUGUCAAGUAUGCCUAAUGUGUUUAGAUAUGGUAUUAACAAACUUAUUCCAGCACUCACCGAGUUAGUCAGUAAAGGGCUAAAAUCAAUUCUAAUAUUUGGAAUUGUCGAAACACUCCCUAAGGAUGCUACUGGCUCCAGUGCUGAUUCACCUGCAAACCCAGUAAUAAAAGCACUACCUAAACUAAGGUCUGCCUUUCCAAAUCUGACUAUUGCAUGUGAUGUAUGCCUCUGUCCAUACACUUCACAUGGGCAUUGUGGAGUUUUGACUGAAACAGGUGCGAUUGACCAUCCUGCAUCUGUGAAGAGAAUAGCUGAAGUCUCUUUAGCUUAUGCUAAGGCUGGUGCCCACAUUGUAGCUCCAUCAGACAUGAUGGACAAUAGGAUUAAAGCCAUUAAAGACAGUUUAAUUGCUAACAACUUGCAAAAUCAGGUGUCAGUACUGUCAUACUCUUGUAAGUUUGCGUCGUCGAUGUACGGGCCAUUCCGUGAUACGAUGAAGAGUAGUCCAAUGGCGGGCGACCGGAAGUGCUACCAGCUGCCGCCCGGCAGCGCCGGACUCGCUGUCAGGGCUGCGGCUCGUGACGUAGCUGAAGGAGCAGACUUCCUGAUGGUGAAGCCAGGACUACCAUAUUUGGACAUUGUGAGACAAACAAAGGAUAAAUAUCCUAAUCAUCCUCUGUUUAUAUAUCAGGUAUCAGGUGAAUACGCAAUGAUCUCUCGCAGUGGAGACAACAAGGAGAUAGAGAACAUACUCAUGGAGACUCUUACAUGUAUGAGAAGAGCGGGUGCUGAUUGUAUCAUAACAUAUUUCGCGCCAUUGAUUUUGGAUAUAAUAGCGAAGAAACAU